CUGCGAAAGCACCUAACUUUUUUGCCUGGCUAUUCACACUCUUUCGCGCGAGCAACUCUACUUUUACGCGUGCCAUCCAUCCCAGAUUCUUUUACGGAGGUGACCAACCACUGCAUUCGCGUCAAUGCUCCCCACCAGGACGCAACGCAACGAUCAACUGCGCCAGACUUUUGCGGCUGAUUAGUUAACGAGAGGGGGGAAGCUUUGAGACGAGUGCGGGCAUGGCGGGCUGCUGUAUGUCCGCAGAGGACAAGGAGAAGCAGCGCAUCAACCAGGAGAUCGACAAACAGCUGCGUAAAGACAAGAAGGACUCUCGGAGAGAACUCAAACUACUGCUACUGGGUACGGGUGAGAGUGGAAAGAGCACCUUUAUAAAGCAGAUGCGCAUCAUCCAUGGCGCGGGCUACACGGACGAGGACAAGCGCAGCUUCAUCAAGCUGGUCUACCAGAACAUCUUCACCGCCAUGCAGGCCAUGCUGAGAGCCAUGGAGACCCUGCAGAUCCCACUGGCAGAAAACAGCAAUAAGGGGUAUGUACCAAUGGUGCUGGACUUGGAGGUGGAUAAGAUCCAAGCUCUGGACAGCGGCCAGUCGCAGGCCAUCGCGGCCCUUUGGAAAGAUGAAGGAGUGCAGGUCUGCUACGAGAGACGCAGAGAGUACCAGCUCUCAGACUCCGCCAAGUACUACCUGAGUGAUCUGGAGCGCAUAUCCGACCCGGCCUACCUGCCGACCCAGCAGGACAUCCUGAGGGUGCGCGUGCCGACCACUGGUAUCAUCGAGUACCCAUUCGACCUGGAAAACGUCAUCUUUCGGAUGGUGGAUGUGGGGGGUCAGAGGUCGGAGCGCAGGAAGUGGAUCCACUGCUUCGAGAACGUGACCUCCAUCAUCUUCCUGGUGGCCCUCAGCGAGUACGACCAGGUGCUGGCCGAGUGCGACAACGAGAACCGUAUGGAGGAGAGCAAGGCCUUGUUUCAGACCAUCAUCACCUACCCCUGGUUCCAGCACUCCUCCGUCAUCCUCUUCCUCAACAAGACGGACAUCUUGGACGAGAAGAUCCAGCACUCACACCUCGUCACCUACUUCCCCGAGUUCACCGGUCCUCCCCAAGACGCCAAGGCAGCUCGUGAGUUCAUCCUCCAGAUGUACCAGGAGCAGAAUCCCGAUCGGGAGAAGACCCUCUACUCGCACUUCACCUGCGCCACCGACACCGAGAACAUCCGCUUCGUCUUCGCCGCCGUCAAGGACACCAUCCUGCGGCACAACCUCAAGGAGUUCAACCUCGUCUAGCGUCCAGAUGUGGCCUGCACACAGCACUAAUGGUUAGGGAGUUAGGGGGUUUUAAGUUCAGAGGGUUGCAGGCUCGAAUCCCAUCCAUGACAUAGAAGAAGAUGGUAUGGAAGCCUUGAAAAAGGAAACCUCAACCCUAGAAAUUGCAUUUGCAAUAAAAUGAAGUUAUAUUUUCAGGGGAAUUGUGACAGACAGACUGUGAAGGGGAGGUCUGUUGUAAACGUGACCACUUUCAAUAGGCUUAAAGUGUGGGGGGUAAAUCCUGGUUGGGUUCAUACAUAGUAUAGCCCAGGGGUGUCAAACUCAAAUUCAAAAGUGGGCCAACAUCAAAAUCUGGGAUGAAGUCGCGGGCCGAAUUCAAUAUAUUAAAUACAAUGAAAUUGUGCAUACAGCAGACUUACAGCUAGGCAAAUAACACGUUCCCAUCAUACUCAUACUAUCGUAUACUUCUAUGUGCUAGUAUGUGCCUACACUAGUCUAAGCCCACUCAUAAUUCCUGUGAUGUACAAAAUUGUGCCUUCAAGUCAUAUUUUUUCUAUAUAUUAUUGGUGUAUGUGGGCCAAUUGUAACACAUAUUUGAAAUGAUCUCGCGGGCCAAAUAAAAUGGCUCCGCGGGCCAAAUUUGGCCCCCGGACCUGAGUUUGACAUCCCUUGGUGUAUGGUGUAUAGCCUUUGGAGGUCUUUAUAAAAAUUUGAAGUGGCCCCUUGAAUUAAAAAGGGUCCCAACCCCCGAAAUAGAAGAAAAUAUUAUGGAGGAAAUCUCAACCCUGGACUUUGAUCAGUUUCAGUUCCAUGUAAAUUUGUGUGUUUAUGUUGAAUAAGCAACAUUACCAGUAGUCACUGAGUUUCUUUUUAUCAAUACCAUUAUAGACAUCACUCUAAGAUAUAUAAAAAAGGACUAAGACUUUAACACAUUAGAGUAAGCAAACGUCCCGCGGUCCCGGGGGGAAGGGGGAAAACAUUCCAGUUUUUAAAGGAAAUAAUGUUAAGGGAAAAUAUGUUCAUGUUAAGGGGCUUGUAAAUGAAUAUGUUCCACUCUGUAGGAAUUGUGAACUUUGUUUAGACCAAAGAUAUAGUCGGGGGAUCAAGCCAACGUUCACUCCUUCUUCUCAGGACAGAGAUUGGUGUGUAGAACAGAAAGGGUGACAGUAGAGAGAUGUGUAAAUGUGUGUGUAUGCGUGUGUGUGUGGGAGGAACAAGAAGCUUCUUCCUCGUCAACUACUUGACUGAUAACGUCGUUUACAUUUCUUAGGGUUUCUGAUAUUAUCCCUUCAAUGUAAACCAAGUACUACACUGUGUAGAAUAGCUGAUGGUUGAUGAGGCAGUUUGCACACAAAGUAUAUAUAUUAUCAAUAUUUAUUGUUUUUUUUUCUUUCUUUCUUUUGUGUGUGUUUGCAUCACCUCUUAUAGACCAACUUUGACAUUGUGUGCCUAAUGGGGAUGACUUUUCAAAAGCUGUUUCUUACCAUGUAAACCACUCAUCACAUUGUCUCUAACAUUGAGAGCCAGUCUUUAGAAGCAAACAUGCUGUACCACAAAUUCAUUCAAGCAAUCAGUGAAACCAAUUGAGCCUAGCUCAGUUUCAUUUUAAACCUGGUGAAAACGAGUAAAUUAUUUAAAUUAAUGAUCAGAAGGCUUUUAUAUUCCUCAUGAUAGAACAAUGAAGAUCAGGCCGGAAGUGAAGGGGGAGAGAAAUGGGGUAAAGGUGGGGAAGUGACCCAGGCCAGAUUCGAAUGGCCAAUGUUGCUCAUUCAUAGUCAGGCAUAAGCGCACUGCGCCACAGCACCCCUUUUGAAUAAGGAACAGGUAAUAACUUGUAUAUAUUGAAGCAUUUUCUUUGCUAUUGGGCAUUUUUGGGCUUUUGGUGAAUAAGGAACAGCACAUAUGUUGUGCCUUCUGACAGCUAUAAUUCUCAUUCCGACAACUGUUGAUGUUAUGUGAACGGUCGUGGCAAUGCUGCUUUUCCAGUGGCCAGAUGUUGAUGAGCUUCACUGUACAUCGCUGGCCCUGCAGUGCCUUUUCUUGCCCAUUUUCUCCUCAAUUGCUACGUUUACAUGACGUUUUUAAUUCCGAAUGAAUAAUUCAGAAUUGAAUAGUUCCGUCGAGUUUGUAAUUAUCUUUCAUUUAAUUCCGAAUUGUGAAGUGUUUACAUGAUGUUUUCAGAAUUAAAGUCAGUCAAUUCCGAAUUAAAUGUCUCAUGUAAACGUAGCAAGUGUGUGUAUGUGAAUAUUACAUGUGUAUAACUAGUGAGAGAGUGGGCAGUACAUCACUGUGUGUGUAAACGGGUCUGGGCUGAGGGUUAUUCAUAACGGUACUGCCAUUCGUCCCAUUUAGGUGAGAGUCAGUUAUGUAUGGAUUAUAAUGUAUGCUAUCAAUGUACUGCAUGUCGU